AUGACAAUGGAACAUAAGAUAGUACGUGAGGCUCAUGAAGUCAAACCAAUUCAUGCUCCAGACCAUUUCUAUAAAUCACAACCUAGCCCAGGGUUUGUUGAUUCCAUGGAACAAUACUUAGAAAUGUAUAAUGAAUCUAUUAAUAAUCCAGAAAAAUUCUUUGAAAAGAUGGCUUAUGACCAUUUGGAUUGGUUUAGAAACUUUACCGAUGUCAAGUAUGGCUCUUUUGAAAACGGCGACGUUGCUUGGUUCCUAAAUGGUGAGUUAAACGCUUCUUAUAAUUGUAUUGACAGACAUGCUAUUAAGAACCCUAAUAAAACAGCUUUGAUUUACGAAGCUGACGAUGAAAAGGAAAAUCAAAUCAUCACCUAUGGUGAUUUAUUGAAACAGGUGUCCCAAGUUGCAGGUGUUUUGAAAAGCUGGGGGGUGAAAAAAGGGGACACUGUUGCCGUAUAUUUGCCAAUGAUACCUGCAGCAGUCAUUGCCAUGUUAGCUAUUGUUAGAUUGGGUGCCAUCCACUCUGUAGUAUUUGCUGGGUUUUCUGCAGGUUCCUUAAAAGAUCGUGUUGUUGAUGCAGGCUGUAAAGUUGUUAUUACUUGUGAUGAAGGUAAGAGAGGUGGUAAAAGUAUCAAUACUAAGAAAAUCGUCGAUGAAGGGUUAAACGGCGUUGAUUCUGUAGCCAAGAUCUUGGUCUUCCAAAGAACUGCAAAUUCAGGCAUACCAAUGAAAGCAGGUAGAGAUUUCUGGUGGCAUGAAGAAAUAAUUAAACAAAGAAAUUAUUUACCACCAGUACCAUGCAACUCUGAAGAUCCUUUAUUCCUUCUAUAUACUUCUGGUUCUACUGGUGCUCCAAAGGGUAUUGUUCAUACUACAGGUGGUUAUCUAUUAGGUGCUGCUUUAACUACUAAAUAUGUUUUUGAUAUUCAUCCAGAAGAUACUUUAUUUACUGCUGGUGAUGUAGGUUGGAUUACUGGUCAUACAUAUGCUUUAUACGGUCCUUUAUUAUUGGGUUGUUCAAGUAUUAUUUUCGAAUCCACUCCUGGUUACCCAGAUUAUGGUAGAUAUUGGAGAAUCGUAGAACGUCAUAGAGCUACUCAUUUCUAUGUAGCACCAACUGCAUUAAGAUUAAUUAAAAGAGUAGGUGAAAAUGAAAUCGGUAAAUAUGAUACAUCAUCUCUACGUGUCUUAGGUUCUGUUGGUGAACCAAUCUCUCCAGAUCUAUGGGAAUGGUACCAUGAAAAGAUUGGGAACAAGAAUUGUGUGGUUUGUGAUACUAUGUGGCAAACGGAAUCUGGUUCUCAUUUGAUUGCCCCAUUAGCUGGUGGUGUUCCAACAAAACCAGGUUCUGCUACAGUCCCAUUCUUUGGUAUCGACGCUUGUAUCAUUGACCCUGUAUCAGGUAAAGAAAUGAAAGGAAAUGAUGUAGCUGGUGUCUUGGCUGUUAGAAGUCCAUGGCCUUCCAUGGCAAGAUCCGUCUACAAUGAUCAUAACCGUUAUAUCGAAACUUAUUUGAAACCUUACCCAGGUUUCUACUUCACUGGUGAUGGUGCCGGUAGAGAUCAUGAUGGUUACUAUUGGAUUAGAGGUAGAGUUGAUGAUGUGGUUAAUGUUUCUGGCCAUAGAUUAUCGACAGCUGAAAUUGAAGCAUCAUUAUCUGAACACGAACAUGUCUCAGAAACCGCUGUUGUUGGUAUUCCAGAUGAAUUGACAGGUCAAACUGUUGUAGCAUUCGUCACAUUAAAAGAAGGAUUCUUAAAUGAAAAUGCCGAUAUUGGUGAUCCAAACCAUUUAACAUCUGAACAACUACGUAGAGAAUUGAUUCUGCAAGUCAGAGGAGAAAUUGGUCCAUUUGCCGCUCCAAAGAUUAUUAUUUUGGUUAGGGAUUUACCAAAGACAAGAUCUGGUAAGAUAAUGAGAAGAGUACUAAGAAAAGUUUCAUCCAAUGAAGCCGACCAAUUAGGUGAUAUGUCCACAUUGGCCAACCCUGAGAUUGUUCCAGCUAUCAUUAAUGCAGUGGAAACUCAAUAUUUUGCAUUGAAGAAGAAGUAA